ACUUCGUUGUUUCUAAGUAAGACACGCAUACACACACAUGGGAACAAAGGAACCAGUCUCCUUCUCUGUUCUAUUAUUUAUAAUCUUCUGGAAAAGCUAUCUUUCUUUUUCAGAACAGAAGAAGAAAAAAUAGAAACACCUAUGGCUCUGUCUUGUAGCUUCUCGCUUUCAGUGUUUCUCUUGAUCGCUGUGUCGGUUCAAUGGGCUCUGGUUUUUAGUGAAUCCACAAUCUCAGCUUCUCCUGCUGUCUUACCGUAUAUCAAUGCACCAGAUAUGUCUUCAUUUUUCCCUUCUCCGACCAAAAACCGGUCAUUUGAUACUGCUGCCUCUCCUGUUCCAGAAGCACCCGCGCCUGGUCCUAGCUCAGGCCAGUUUAAUGGGAAUGUUGUAGGCAUGUCGAUGCAGCUCCGUCCUGAUCUUUCUUUGGUUCUGGUCAUUGUUGGUAUCUGUGGGACUGUUACUUCAUUAAUGUUGUAAUCUUUGUAGUUCGCUUUUACAGUGUCACCGUUAAUACGUGUGUAUGCGUAUUUUGUUUAAAUAAAACAAAUUCAAUUAAGCAGUAUAAUUGCUUUCAA